GCUGAAGUUGCAGAGUGAGUUGAAAAUGCCAGGCCUUACAAUUGGAGAUACCUGUCCCAACCUUGAUGUCGAAACCACCCAAGGAAAGAUGAAGAUCCAUGACUACGUCGGCAAUGGCUGGGUCCUUCUCUUCUCUCACCCCGGUGAUUUCACACCUGUGUGUACAACUGAACUUUCUAAAAUGGCCCAAUACAUCCCGGAGUUUGAAAAGAGAGGGGUGAAACUUCUGGGUUUGUCUUGUGACGAUGUGCAGUCCCACAAUGAUUGGACCAAGGACAUUGAAGCCUACGCUCCUGGAUGCAUGGUGACAUACCCGAUCAUCGCAGAUCCCAACCGAGAGGUCAUCAAGCAACUCAACAUGGUGGACCCAGAUGAGAAAGACUCAAAAGGACAGCAUAUGCCAUCUCGAGCCCUUCAUAUCGUGGGCCCUGACAAGAUGAUCAAGUUGAGCUUUCUUUACCCUGCAACGACGGGGCGGAACAUGGAUGAAGUGGUGAGAGCGAUAGACUCUCUGCAGUUGGCGACAAAGCACAAGAUUGCGACACCUGCCAACUGGAAACCGGGAGAACCUGUGGUGAUAUCUCCCAGUGUGACCAAUGAGCAAGCCAAAGUAAUGUUCCCCAAUGGUUAUAAGACAGUGGAACUUCCAUCCAAGAAGGAUUACUUGCGUUUUGUUAAUGUCUGAAGUUACUCUGGAGGAUUUCGUGAUCUAUUAUAUGAUAGUUAUGCUUAUCUGUAGUUGAUUUCUGUCUCUCUGAGUAACUAAAACUCUGUGCUGUAGAAAUUCUUUCCUUUAUAUGCUAUGCA